AUGUGCAUUUCUUUUCAAUCGGCUGCUACGAUCCCAGGACCUCGUGAUAAGUCUUUAAGUGCUUUGGAGGCGCAAUUCGAUGCCACAAACGUGGUAGCAAUCGAUUUUGACACUCCAAUCUCCACCUCAAAACCGGCAAGCUUUAUUCCACGAGUAGCGCAUGCAGUGUCACUUCCUUAUUCCCUCAUUAAAUCAGAAAAUAACAAUUCUAUUGAAACUAACAAGUUUUAUGGUAAUAUGUUACUAGGGGGUCAAACUAAUCCUGUUUGGACACAUCCUUAUUCAUUAUGGUUCAAUCAAAAUGAUCCUGCAUCUUACGGUAUUGGUGUAUCUUAUGUUCAGAACAGUCAAAAAGUCUUUGAUACGACGAAGAGCCCUCCAGGAUAUUUUUUCAGUCCAACUUUCAUUCAAUCAUUUUUAUUUGGUGCCAAAGAAUUUACUACUAAGCCAUAUCUUAAUUUCCAAAAUAUGAAGCAUACGUCUGUCCAAUUAAAUGUUAAAUUAAGUGAUGCUCGAUUCAUAAAAUUACCCCUCAUACAAGGUAUGGGAUUUGUGACUGCAAUCUAUCAAGGUUUGACGCCAAAUUUGAAAAGUGCCGUUGGAUUCAAAACAUUUACCAAGAUAAGUGCAAAUAAGUACCAAGCAACUUUAGAAAAUGGUGUCACAUGGACAAUUUAUGUUUCAGGUAACUAUUCAGGUUUCACUUUGAGUCUUUUAAAUGGUAACACUGUACAAGGUAAUAAAUCCAUGAAUAAUUGUGUCAUACAAAUUAUUCCUUCAACAAAAACAAUUAUUGACUCUGUUGCAGGCUCCUACCCCAUCGAUAUGACAAUUUCAGCCUCAGUAAGCUCUUAUAUCGGUACGUACUCGUUAAAUUAUACUACUAACAACGGUAAUGAUACCCUAUUAUAUGCUUUGCCACAUCAAUAUAAUAAUUUUACUAGCUCUUCAAAAUCAACGAAGAUUAAUGACCGGCUCACAUCUACUGUAUCGGGAACAAUGGAAGGUGUUAUUGCAAAGCAAUUAAAUAUGAUUCUUCUAAUACCAAGUACAGUGGACUUUAAUGUUUCAGCCAAGAUGACUAAUCUCCCACAAUCUAAUCUAAAUACAAUUUUAGCUGCAGCUACACAAGAAGUUAAAAAUGCAAACGUCCCAGCUGAGAGUAAUUUGGAUUCUAUGUAUUUUUCUGGUAAAGUCUUACAAAAGUAUGCUUGGUUAUUAUACGUCUGUCAUUUUAUCUUGAAAAAUUCAGCAUUAACUUCGACUUUAUUACCUCAGCUCCAAACUGCUAUUACUAGGUUUAUUACAAAUACCCAAAUUUUACCUUUAAAUUACGAUACAACAUGGAAUGGGCUAAUUUCUUCUGGUAAGCCUGAGCAAGACUUUGGUAACCCAUAUUAUAAUGAUCACCAUUUCCAUUAUGGAUAUCAUGUCAUGGCCAUUGCACUUACUUCAAAAGUGGCGCUUGACAUUGACCCAAAGAGUCAAUGGCCCAAAGCCACCUCAUUAUGGUGCCAAUAUUUGAUUAGAGAUUAUUCAAAUCCAUCCAUAAAGGAUCCAUAUUUCCCAGUCUUUAGAUCAUUCGAUUGGUUUCAUGGUCAUUCUUGGGCAAAGGGACUUUAUGAAAGUGGAGAUGGUAAAGAUCAAGAGUCAACUUCAGAAGAUGUAAAUUCAAUCUAUGCGAUAAAAUUAUGGGCUAUCGUAAAUAACAACACAAACUUGGUUAAUAUGGCAAAUAUUCAGCUAGGUAUUAUUAAUAGUUCUAUCAACAGCUAUUUUCUCUAUUUAGAUACCAAUACAAUUGAGCCACCUCAAUUCGUUCCCAAUAAAGUGAGUGGAAUCUUAUUUGAAAACAAGAUCGAUCACACCACUUAUUUCGGUACUAACACAGAAUACAUUCAUAUGAUUCAUGCAUUACCACUAAUACCUAUCACGAAUUAUAUCAGAAGCGCAAAGUUUGCUAAACAAGAGUGGAAUCAAGUGUUGUCUAAAAUUAUUGACAAAAUUCCCAAUAAUGGUUGGAAAUCAGUGAUCAUGUUGGAGAUUGCAUCGUUUGACGCAAAAUCUUCCUGGAAUUAUUUUGCCCAAAGUAACUUCUUUAGUAACUACGGUUUAGAUGAUGGACAAAGUUUAACUUGGUCUUUAACGUAUGCAGCUUCCCUAUUGAGUUGA